UGUCACAAGGAGCACUCUCAGAUAGAUUUCUUCAUCACACAAAGGGAAGCAUUGGGUUCAACCCAUUUGUUUGCUCAGGGUUGUGUAAAGCAAAGUGUAGUAAAAGGGGUUUCCUUUUCCCCUUUAAUAGUGAUCUUGCGGUAUUGUCAACUGUCUUCUUCCUUUCUGUUGUCUGUGUUUAUUUCAAAACAAAAAUCCCAUGCUGAAAACCAAAACACAUCUAAAGAGAAACAAAUUCCUGAAAAGGUUUCCUGCCUAGAAAAGAAACCAGGGUGGUACAGUUGAAAGCAGGAGUGAAUAACAUACUUGCUGGAAUCAGAGUUUAACACAGACUGGAAUUGCUGCUCAGAAAUUGUGUUUCUACUGUUAAUAGGAAUCAGAAGAGAAAGCCUCAUCAAGAUGUUUAAGCCAAAUGGAUUUAGUUUACUGUGUCUCCUUGGUCUUUACCAGGUUGCUUCCCUUCUUAAAGAUAAGUUGCAAUCAACUGGACCUUUGGAGAACAAAGUUUUUUCUCUUGAAGAGGGUAAAGUGGAACCACAGUCUUUAUACAGGUUUACAUUUCAACCUCCCACCUACAGUCUAAGGCUGACUGGUGAAACAGAUGACCUCAUAGAGAUCACACCGAAAGGUGGAGUUCUGAUUGUCAAUGGGCCUCUAGACUGGGAAAAGAAAACAAUAUAUAGAUUACAGGUGGAAGGUCUAAAUCAAUAUGGCAACAGAGUGCAAGGCCCAUAUUCUAUCAUCAUAAAUGUUGUAGAUAUCAAUGACAACCCACCCAAAUUUAAUAAAUCAAGCUACUACGGCAAAGUUAGACAACAUUCCCGCCCAGGAAAGCCUUUCAUGUAUGUUGCUGCUUUUGACCUGGAUGAUCCCAGCUCCUUACAUUCACAACUCAGCUAUAGUAUCCUUCAUCAAUUUCCCAGCCUUUUUACCACUGAGAUGUUUUUUCAGAUUGACAAUGUUACAGGAGCAAUUUCUACAACUCUUGCUGGAGCAAAAAAAUUAGAUCCAGCAAUAUUGGACCAUUUUGUCCUUGAGGUGGUAGCAAAAGAUAUGGGAGGACAGUCCACAAGUUCUUUUGGCACUAGUACUGAUGUGAAUAUCACUGUGCUGGAAAACCUUUGGAAAUCUCCUCCAGAAGUAGUGCUCAUGGAGAACUCUACGAAGCCACACCCCAUGAACAUCACUCGUGUUCAUUGGAAUGAUCCAAAUGCAACGUACGAACUUCAACCCAAAGAAAAAACUUCUAUGAAACUCCCAUUUACAGUUGAUCAGAAUGGGAUAGUUUAUGUUACUGAACCACUAGACAGAGAAGAGAAAGACUAUUAUUCAUUCUAUAUCUUUGCAAAUGAUGAAGAGGGAGACAGACUGGCUGAUCCAGUCACUAUUUCAGUUCAUGUUGAAGACAUCAAUGAUAACCCCCCUGUGUGUGACCAGGUUUUGACUCAAUUUGAAGUUCAAGAAAAUGAAGUUGUAGGGAAUUUAAUAGGAACUGUCCCUGCCUCAGACAGAGAUGAGAAAGGGUCUCUUAAUUCCCGUCGGCGGUUCCAGCUUUUGGAGCAGAACCCCAAAAUCCCACAAGACAAUCUCUUCCGCAUCGAAUCAGGAACUGGGUCAGUCCACUUAUUCAAAAUGGGAUUAAACAAACAAGUGGUCACAAAUUACUUUUUGAAGGUGGAAGUGACAGAUCCAGCUUUCUCAACAGUAUGUGAUGUACAAAUACAUGUCAUUGACAUCAAUGAUAAGAUCCCAAUAUUUGAAAAAUCAGAUUAUGGCACUCUGCGUGUUCCAGAAGAUAAAAAAAAAGGAACCGUCCUAUUGGAAAUUCAGGCUACAGAUGCUGAUGAACCAUUUACUGGAAGCUCUCAAAUUAUCUACACCAUCACAAAGGGUGACCCAAAUAAUGCUUUUACAAUACUGACGGAUCAAAAAACAAACACUGGAGUUAUUAUAAUUAAUAAGGAUCUUGAUUUUGAAACAACCCGAGUAUAUAACCUUACAAUCAAUGCUACUAAUCCUGAACCUCUUGUGGCUGGGAUACAGUAUAAUUCAAGUUCAUCUGCUUUCUUACAAAUCCAUGUUACUAAUGUGGAUGAAGCACCAGUUUUCCACCAGCUUGUCUACAUAGCUGAGCAAUAUGAAAAUGUGACCAUUGGUACCAACGUGAUAACUGCAAAAGCUUUUGAUCCGGAAGGAUACCCAAUAAGGUACUCGCUGAAGAAAAAUGACAAGAACUGGCUGGAGAUUGAUCCUGUCAGUGGCAGGAUAAAUACAGCUGCCCCACUGGAUCGCGAAAUUCAGCAUACCUAUAUGGUAGAAAUUGUUGCAACUGAGCAAAGCAAAGCAUCUAAAAGCUCUGUUGCACAGCUGAUACUGCAUCUCAUAGAUGUCAACGAUAAUCCUCCUUAUUUAGCAAAGGGUGCUGUAUUCUUCUGCCACCCUCUCCAAAAAGUAGAGAGUGCAAAAUUUGAAGUUGAUGAUCCAGAUGCACAAAUUCCAAAAUUCACAUACUCUUUAUCUGGUGGAGAGAAUGAGGACAACUGGGUCAUUUCUAAAGCAGAUGGCAAAUAUGCUUACAUUUCCCCAAAGAACUUGAAUCUUGAAGAAAAGGUCUAUGAUGUACCACUGAAAAUUAGUGACAAUGGAAGGCCACCAAUGGAAGGAGUGGUCAAUCUGAAAGUGGAAGUGUGCAGGUGUAUCAAUGAAAGAUGCUAUAUAGAAAUUGAAGAUCCAAAUCCAUUUCCAACAGUAGGAGGAGCAAUUGGCAUUCUGGUUGCUGUUCUGCUAGUUAUUGGUAUCAUUUUGGGACUAGUGUUUUUAAACCUCAGACGCAAAAAGAAGAAUGAACAAAGCGCUGCCCCUGUUGCCAUCAGGCCCUCUGAACUGCAGACCUUGACAUAAAGGAUUCUUGACCUAAAGGAUUAUGUGAAAGUGGACAUUCAUGUUUUCAUUUUAUGCUGUUGCUCUCUCCUAUCAGUGAAUGUCAGAAGCCUUUGCCACAAAUAAUGCAUUUGUUAUCUUUCUUUCCCCCUGUUUUUAAGCAGAGAAGUACAACCUCCCAAUCAUUUGGGGGCUAUGGAGUCGAAGUGCACAUCAUGUGAAAUGUAUGCCAGCAUGUAAAGCACAUGAAACAUCAGUGACAAGCUCCUGAGCAGGAUUGGUGGGGACAGCUUCUGCCUAAAACUAAUACAUGCUGGGUGGGAGAGGUUUCCACUCACUGUGCAAUGUGAGAACAGUAUAACCUCUGUAUGUAUACAUCCUAGUCCCAGUACUGCUCCCCACCAUGAAUUAAAUUAAUAGAAAAGCCUGGCAUGUUAAUCUCCUAUGCAGUUUGGCCUUUAGGUAGAAAAACCAAAAUGGAGCAAACAUUCUGACCAUCAAAUUAUGAGCUUGCAACCCAAUCCUGCUUAGUUUGGUUAGCUUUACUCCCUAGUACAGAUGUUUAGAAGUGCAACUGAAGUGACAGCCCUUUGCUUUUUUUCCCUAAGAGGAAGCCUUAUUGAACACAGUGUGGUUUACUUCCAAAUAAACAUAUAUAAAAUUGUAUUGCAUAUAGUUCCCAAUUUGGUGCCAUGCCAGCAUGUGCCAUCUCAUCCUGUUUAAAGGUAAAACCAGCCUUCAUAUACUGAAAAAGAAGCACAAAUAUUCCUUAGAGGUUAAACAGGAAUCUGUGAAGACCUGCCACUGAAAUUAGUCACUGUUUCUUAAUUCCUUUAGUAAAUAUCUAUAUACUACUAAAA